AUGGAAGGGCCGCUUGCACUGGCCUACAAUGAAGCUUUGCUAAAUGGAAGGAUUUUAACUUCAAGAGGGAGCAUUGUUCUAGCUAUUUUCCUAGGUUCACUCAGAAAGCGGGUGGAAGAGAUUCUGAAUUGCUUUGCAGGAUUGGAAAAUCAUUUCUUCAAUUAUUUGAAGUCAGGGAGAUGGCCAAGUGAAAUAUCGGACGAGGGGAAGCCGUCAACACUUCUUUCUUGGUAUCUCCAGUGGUACAGCAUACCUACACCAACUGUUAUCAAGACAGCACUGGAAAAAAUCAAGCCUAUACGCACAACCACAUCGGUUCCUUUGUUGCGUCUGUUACUCCCUGGAACUCACAUCAGUGCAAUUGAUGAGAUCAAUAAACUCUUCUUGUCUUCCGAGGUCAAUGGUUGA